AAAGCUCCACUUGCAUUUACAUCUGUCAGGACACGAGCAAAACACAGGCCCAUAAUCCGGGAGACUGAGGUCCUUUAGAAUUGUCCCGCUGCUCACUAAACAACAGAAGGUUCAAAACUUAGAAGGAUAACAGGACGAUAAGCACCACUCCCUCUUUUCGGUGCAACCAAGGAAGUAAAGAAAGCUGCCUCCAAGUUCAAGACUUCCUGCCAUGAACUUCAAAGGAAUCUGGUCUGGAAUUGCCUGGAAGGACUAGUUUUGGUCCUAUCUUCAAGAUGAUUCUCUGAAAAUUUGGAAGGCUGUGGGUACAAGGCCAGCUGCAGUCAUGGGAUGUACACCUUCACACAGCGACAUUGUGAACAACCUGACAAAAAGUGGUGUUCAGUUUUUGAAAAAGCCCACAGCUAUUUUGCCAGGAUGUCAUGGGCUCAGUGGAAGAGGUUCCAUCCCUUUGCUGGUUCAGUGUUCUACCUGCUAUGACCCUUGGGGGGGCCUGCCCCAGGGACAGAGGCCAGCAGAGGAGCAGCUGAGUUCCAGGAAGUCCCAAACCACAGCUGAUGGUCAGCCCAUGGGAGAUAUGGAAGGACUGAUCUCAGAAACCAGAACCUCUCCAUCCUGGCUGAACAAACCACAAAGCCACACUCCGUUCCAGACAAAAGGUACCCAUGGGACACAAGGGGCAGCCUUUCCCAGGGAAGAGAGUAUGGAAAGUACUACACAGGAGACCUCCAGGUGGGAAAGGAAGCCGACAUGCUAUUGCUCAAGCAAACAGGGCCAUUGCAGCCAAACUAUCCUCCCUACUCCUGAAUCAGAAGGCAAAGUGGACUUUCCUGAACCCCUGGUCAAGGCCCACCAGCAUGCUUACACCUACCUGCACGCCAGCCUCUCCAAGUAUGAAGCAAUCCUGCACCUGGUCCAGCAGGCCAGCCAGACCCAGGGGCUGCUGCAGCCCAUGCUCAGUUUCCUGUUGCUGUGCUUUGAGGAGGUGGGCCAGCUCCUUGGGGAGAUCUCCAAGGAUGGAGAAGUGCUCCUCCAGGAAGUUAGGGAGGAUCUGGCAUGGCCAUUGAAGAAAGGAGAGCCCCAGGAGCAGCCAGAUCUCUUGCAACAGCUGCUGCAGUACACGGUCAGCAAGCUACAGGUGCUCCACGGCAUGGUGGCUGCCCUCACCGGGAGCUUCCUGGAGAGUUCCAGCAGCUAUUUCCACUCCACAGCAAGCCACUUGGAAAAUCAGCUGAGCACAAAGAGGAGUGUGGAUGAACGCCUCCUAAGGGCUCUGAGGCAACUGGAGAGCCUGGCAAGUGGCCAUGGAGACCCUGGGCUGCAGGAUCUACCCUUGUGCUCCGAGGACAGUGGCAUUGGUGCCGACAAUGAGUCCGUGAAAUCUAUGGACAAGCUGGGUAAGCAGGCCAGCUGGAACUUUGUCCCGGAGGCUGUAGAGUUGAAGCCAGGGAUCUCACCCCAGAUGGAGGCCCGGCUAUCAGGACGUGCCUGGCAGCAAAGUGCAUUCUGGAUGGGUUCGGACCGACCCCAGGACUGUCCAAGGCCUCCCAUUGCAAAAGUGCAUCCAACCUCACAGGGCAAAGUAAGGAGCCCAGGCCCCCACAGCACUGGCCCAGAAACUCUGACCUCCAGGCCUUCAGAGGCAAGCAAGAGUGCUUGGUGUGACUCCCUGGGGACUGGGAUCCCUGUGGAAGUACAGCUUCCUAAAAGCUCCAGGUCUGGGGAGGUUCCACCCCUUAGUGAAAGUGAGAACAGCAGCCCAGACGAGGAGGAAGAUGAAGUUAGCAACAUGAGUCCAAGUGCAGGGCAGGAAAACGUGUCACCUUCAAGGCCACGAUCUUCACCUGCAGACUGGGAAAGCCCGUUUCAGUCACACUCCAGGAAGCUUAGGAGCCCCCAGGCCCAGGAAAUGAUUCUGAAGAUGAAGGAAGCCAUCAGUGAAAGGAUCAAGUUUGUCCCUGCACCUUUGGCGCACCAGGACUGGUCUGAGGAGGAGGAGGGGAGGAUUGUGGUCCCACGGAGACCUAGCACGGUCAGUGGCAGCAGGAGGACCCCCGAGAGGCAGCAGAGGUCCCAGUCCGAGACGUGCCUUAAGAGCCAUGUGGAGGACCCCACCCUCCAGGAGCUGCGAAGGGUCCAAAAAGACCUCAGUCAGAGACUGGAGGCAUUUUAUGCCCAGGGCGCCAAAAGGCAGGGACAGAGAAAGGAGCAGAUUGUGCAGUCCAGAGGAGCAGCGAUAUGGCCCAACAGCAACUGCAGGGUGAGCCCCAGCAACACCAUCAGCAAACUCAAGGCAUCCCUUACCAAGAAUUUCAGCAUCUUGCCUAGUCAGGACAAGAGCAUUUUGCAGAAAUGCAGUCCCCACUCUGAGGGCGAACAGCCCUGGCAGAAGAGAGCCGAGCUGCUGCCAAAUGCCAUUCCACCUGGUGAGAAGGACGAGACUCCUAGGGCCAAGGACUGCUUCAUCAGGGGCUCUCCCACCAGAACAUCAGUCAAGAAACUCAUUGAAACUUUCAGUCCCACUGAGAGUGUGAAGACACUGGGGGACUCCAGGAACUCAGGGUCAAGCCCCUGCCUCAGGAAGUGGGGAGUCCCCAUCAUGCCUCCCAGACUUCCCAUUUAUAGGGGCCUUGCUCCUAUGUAUACUAAGCCCCAAAUUUCUCCGACAGGAAGCAGAGAAUGUCUCAAGGUGGACACAGGCUGGAGACCUGUAGCACCGAUAUUUCCCCCUCUGCCUACAGCAGAAGCAUCCAAGAAUGAGGAUAUCUACUGUGAAAUAGAGGGGGACCCAGAGCACCUCCCUCCACCACCUCUGGAAGUCCUGAUGGAUAAAUCAUUCACUUCUCUGGAGAAUCCAGAAAGCAAAAAGUCAACAGGCAGCUCCCCUGAAGAGUCCUCAGUACCAGGGCUGGGACGGGCUGGCCCUACCAGAAGAACGUGGGCUUCCCCAAAGCUGAGAGCUUCCAUGAGCCCCAUUGACUUGCUGCCCAGCAAGAGCACUGCCAGCCCCACCAGGCUGUGCAGCACAGGGCCAGGAAGCAGCAAGAGUGGCAGCAAUCUCAGGAAGCCUGUCCAGGAUCCAAACCUCUCUUCUGCAGCCAGCCCCAACCCAGAGGCGGAGGGCAGGGCUCACAGUCAAGCCCAGGGAGAGAAGGCCACAAGCUUCUCCAAGCACCACCGGAAGGCAAUUCCCUGGCACCACACCAGCCCCACAUCUGGGCAAAGCAGGACUUCAGAACCGAGCCUGGCCAGACUCACAUGUGGGCCGCACUCUCCUGAGGCCUCCAGGCAGAGCCGAGAGAGAAGCCCCCCAGUAGUCAGGAAGAGCUCUCCCACCAGGGCACACUGGGCACCCCAAGUAGACAGGAAGCAGCGGGGUCUACCAUCAUCUCCUGGACCUGCUCAGCCAAGCACUGUGCUCAGCUCCUCCAGUCCACCACUUAGCCCUGGAGCUCCCAGCCCAACAGCAAGCCUUGGGAUCCUAAGCCCACCAAACACAAAGAAGCGAACUUCCCCGCCACCCCAGCACAAGCUGCCCAGCCCACCCCUGGGGAGCCAGCCUGCGCAGCCCAAGGUCUCCAGUCCUGCUCAGCACACGGAAGCAAGCCCCCCUUCCUCUGUGCCCUCCCCAUCCCCCCCAGGGUCCCCCUCUCACGGAUGCAAAGAGACCAGAGACUCAGAAGGCAGUCAAGCCCCUACAGCCAAAGCAUCCCGGAACACAUGUUCCAUAUUCUGCCCUGCCUCCUCCUCUCUAUUUGAAGCUAAAUCACCAUCCUUGACAGCCCACCUGCAGACCUCCACAUCACUGCCACCAGAACCCGGGGGCGCUCUUGGGACCCCAGCAGGAUGCUGGAGAAGCAGCUUGGAGCCUCGACUGAAGGCAGAUUCACAGAGGAGAAUGGCUCUAUGUGCCCUCAACCCUCUGCCUUUCGUCAAAAGGACAGCUCCUGCCUGCCACCCUGGUGUCUGGAUUCAGCUGCCUGGCUCCAGCUCCACUGGCUCCUCUUGGGAACCCCAGCUUGACCAGAGCAGCAGCAGUGAGGACAGCCCCAAGCUGAAUGCAGCGACUUGGAGCAGCCCCUGUGCCCCAGAACCGCAGGGUGGCCGCAGCAGGUGUGCAUCACCCCCAGAGCUCUGUGUGCUGGGCCAUGGGCUGCAGCCAGAAGCCCGCACCAGCCACGUCCAGGACAAACCCCAGCCAGAGACCCAGCCCCAGCAGAAGGACGUGGCCUGACUGUCAUGCUGACAACAGUCACCCCAGAGACACAAUGUGACAGCCAUGCAUCCACACUGCCCCACAGAUGGUGGGCAGACUCUCCAAAUGAGGUAUCUUGGAAAGGUUUUGAAGAUGGUUUAUACAAUGGCCAUUGUCAAUCACAGAUCCUGCUUUGCCUUGGGGGUUCAAAGAUUAACCAAAACUUUAAACCCCACAAUGACAUUUUUAACCCUUCAAGUGCUGGCCUUAAUUUAGGGAGGAAAUAGAUUAAUUACAUGCUUAGCAGGCCAGGUGUUUUACCUGGUAACCUAUGACAAUGUUGAAAUCAUUUAAUGCCCACAAGAGCAAACAAAAUAAAUAGCAUUCUCCAGUUAAACAGAUAAGAGAACCAAAGUGUGGGGAGGAGUUCCCCCAAGUGUCUUGCCAGGAAAAAAGCAACAGUUGGUACAGACAUAGAUGUCCCUAGAACCUAUGCUUUUUACCUUGAAUUUUGUUGCCCUAAUUUAUUCCAUCACCCCAGCUGCCUACAGCAUUAGUAGUUGUAUAAUUGGUGGGAAAGAUUUGGUUUUGGUUUUUGUUUUUUGUAAGGUUGAGUGCUGGCAAAGCAUCGAAGUCUCCAUUAAGAGCUUUGUUUAGAAGCUAAUUGCCCCUGACAUGAGAAGGCUGGUGCAUUAGAACACACAGCCCCACCCAUCCUCCCUCCUGCCAGAGCUCAGCUUCAAUGCUAUCAAUUCAAAGCUUCCAGCUCCCAGCCAGGGCCAUGCUGUCCUUGGCCUCAAUGUGUAUCAAACAUGCGUGCGGCCCUACACAAGCUGGUGGGAUGAUUCUUGGACCAAGUGGACACAACCGAGCUUCCCACACAAGGCAGCCUAGUCUCCACAUCUGGUGGGCGCUGCAGCUGACGAGAUGGUGUGGGUCACCUCAUGCCCAUCUCCCCCUGAACCUUCUUGGCCAAAUUUAUUCCCAAGUCAUCUGUAGACCUUCCACUAGAGCUGAAAUUAAAGCAAAGAAUGGUCCUUCAUGCCAAAAACUACUUCUGCCAAUGAGCUAGAUAUUUGCUGCAGAUCUUGGAAUGUUUCCACCGGAGGCUGUGGAGUGCUUUCUAUUUAGAAAAGAAUUUGCAGUAAUUGGGUGAUUCAAUGCCGGCUCAGUGGGUUGUCAAAAGACAAGAAUUCUCACCCACGGGUACAGCUAAGGGGCAAUCUUCCAGUUCUGCUGCAAAGCUGAUUUUAAAGUUUGGGAAAAUUAUAGAUCUCAAAUCCUUUCUUGUUGAAAUAGAUCGUGGGCUCAAGAACAUGUUACAGUGGGUGCCAGGGACUCCAGCUUCCUCCCCCAGGGGUCAGGAUCUCACCUGACUUGUCCAUUUAUUAAUGAACAAGGUGAUGGAGCUUAUCUCUUCAAAGACACCUAAAGAACACUUGAUUAAAUACCAAAAGGGCCACACCCACCCGUCUAUUGGAACUGUCUGUACACAUUUUUUCACAUCUGCUUGUGUGGCUACGCUUAUCUCAGAGCAAUGCUCAAACCACAGCUGGACCAGUGGAGCCACAUCUCCGGUUGGGUAGACACCUGGGAGCUGCCUGGGCUGCAGGCAAUGGGUGGAGUGGGGUAAGAGCCUGCAAAUGAAACCAGCUAAGGAAAUUUGCCUCCUCUGGAUCAGGGCACUGUCCUCAAAUGAUUGGGCAGUCAAAGGAGGUCAAAACAAAGGCGGGUCCUGGGCAAGCUGGGCCCCCAGCCGAGCAAGCAGGAGGCAGUGUGGGUGGCCCAUGAGACCUCGCCCACAGGUAAGUGGCUUCCGAGAACACUGGUCAGAAAGUGUGCCCUGCCCUGUGCAAAGAGUUAGAACAGGAUUCCUGGAGGUCUUAAGAAACAAGGCAGAAAUCCAGCUGCAGGGACUGAACAGACACAGAGGAUGAACAGGGGUACAGUGUAGGGUAAACCACAGGGACAAUAAAAAGUGAAAUUUCUGGAACUAGAAUAUGAAGUGGAGCCAGAUCAGCCUAAGGGGAGGGGAGGGGAGGAGAGCCACCUGACCUCCAGGCCUCCUUCCUUAAAGGUCUGUGUGGUAGAAGUUCAGGCUGACUUGAGUGUCCCCCACCAAACUGGUAAGAGAUGGAAGUGGACAGCCAGGAGCCAGGCAUCAUGUCAAAUUAUGGAGGGGUCAACAUCAAAGAGAACUCCCUGCAGGGAUCUAGAGUGAACUACCUGCCCUCCACACCUGUGCAUGGCAGAAGGCUCCUGAGACCUGCUGUCACCCUCCCCCCUAGGCUGGUAAGCAGCAGCAAACACUCACCCCUGCCAUGUUGCAGGUAGCAGACAAGGGGACAGCAGCUUCGUUCCUGUUGUCAACCACGGAGCAGCCUGUGACACUUCCUUACCCCCUGGAGGAUUUCUUCAUUUACUGAGAAACUUCAUGUACCAGGACAGUGCUAGGUUCCUACCCUAGGUCCCUCUGUGUGAUGUAAUGAGAGGCUCCAGCCACUACCAGGUCCAGACAGCAGUGACAAUGAGUUGGUGUUACCAUUGUGUUGCUCAGUAGCACAAAGGCUAUGGGCAUUCCAAGGCAGCUGCUCCCAGGACAGACAGACAAGGUUGCCAAGGCCAAGGAGCUGGGGCUGGGAGAGAAAGUUCAAGGUAAAGCAGUGCUAAGCUGGCCCAGGAGCAGAUGGGACAAAGAUGUGGGGUUUGGGCCACCAUGCUAACUUCACCUAGCUUGAGUUCCAUGUGAAACAGAAUUUGUACUAAAGAAAUUAAGUCCACCACAGCAAAAUAGUCUUGUGUCAACAGCUCAGUUUGGAGGCGAGGCCUUUCCACAAAUCCAGGUCUAUGGUUCUGCCUCUGAGAGCAAAGUGCUGGUGGCUGUGAGGGAUGAUCUCAAUACCACAGCCUCUCAGCUGGGCCACUCUUCCCUACCUCUCUCUCUCUCCACCUUAUCCUUGCUAGACCAAUCCACUUCCUUCACUCAAGAGAAAAGGGAAGGCAGUUUUUCUUUGCUUAUGCACCCAACCCAGCCAAUGCACCCAACUCAUCAAGGAUUCAUGAGUCUAUACUUUUUCUUCAUAGAGUUAGAAACUAAGAAGAAACACUGGGUAUAAAGGAGGAACCUCCACAAACCAGUUUCCUUAUUUGGGCCAACUCCUUUCUGGGGAUUACAGCCUUCCUCCUUUAUACCUCUGGGGACCCCAGAGCUGUAAGGAGGGAGGUACUUAGCACAGCCUUUAUCUAACGCAUUAGUAACUUAGCAAACAGAUCUGCCCCAGGAGAAAAACACAAUUUUCUGAUUCCAUCAAAAGGAUUCAUGGGGGUGCGGGGAGGCAAAUAUAAUAUUCUGGCAGAACAGUAAUAGUUUUUUUGCAAGUAUAAAUACAAUCCUCAAGAUGAAAUAUAACCUCUCUGCGGCUUGGGUCUGCGCUGUUGUUUACUAUAAGCAGCAUCUAUUUUCUUUCGUCAUGUCACAUACCUAUCCAGAACCUAAAAUAAUCCAUGUAGAUAGAAAAUUCAGGGCAAACAGACCAAAGAGACUUUUCUUUCAUUGUGAAGAGCUUAUGUUUGACAAGACUUGCCUCAUAAAUUCUACAAUGUGAAUGAAAGGGAUUUGGAGAAAUAUAUUCUUUUUCUAAAAUAAACCAGUGUUUUUGCAUGUCUCAGGGGAGCCAGUAUAGUGAAUUGUAAGUGUUGACAUGUUUGUCAAUUGAUCAUCUGGUUGACUGCCUACAAGCUGCCAAGCACCCACUCUAUCUUCCAAAGGAAAUCUUUUGGAAGGUAAUAUAUUUUUAAGUGGCCCCACAUCAAAGAUUCUGUUGAACUGCCAUAAAGUAAAUGUGUUCUGAACCUAUAUUAACAGAACAUGUUAUAUUACACUACCGUUUACUCCCUGUGCCUACCUAAAGUUUAAAUAAAGUUCCAUCAAUCCAUCCA